AUGCCUUAUUAUCUUGUUGAAUACUACGAAGACGUUCCGCCUGAAAACGUCAAUCAGAUCAAAGAAUUCGUUAGACGCAAUGGAGGCGAGAUUCUGGAGGACCUUGAGAGUUUGAAUGGCUUUUCUAUUCACAGUGCUGGAAUUUCCGAAGACCUCGUGACUCGUUUAAAAUCUCACGAAGAUAUAGAAGAUAUUGAGCUUGAUGUGCUCGCGACGAAUCAAUCAUCUUCAAGUAAAGAUGCAUCGGCCGAUCCUGUGCUAGACGAUGUCGUGUCACUAGAGAAAAAGCGCCUUAUUCGAUAUCUAGGCCUCGAAACUACCCUAGGUCGACAACCAUCAGGUACGGCCUAUACCGUGCAGUCAUUAUUUUUCAUCGAGUCUGCCCCGAAUUCUAUACGUAGUGCGAAAUGCCGACUUCCAGGUUAUAAUCGAAUAAUCCAACCGGAUAACCUACGCCUAGCUAUAUUUCCGGGAAUAGAUAAGGGGUGGAAUAAUUUCAAGUUCCGAAGCGUGAACGUUAGAGGAAUUAUAGACGGUAACUAUCUCGUUUCUGGCGGAGUAGAAAGGCUUGCUAAGCGUGACGGCUUAUAUAACGAGAGCAAAGACAGACUUCCUGCAGAUUUCGACUCUCUACUACGCGAAGCAGGAUCCGCUGUUUAUCAGGGUUUCAAAAUGCCUAAUAGCAUAGAUCGAUUCGAGUAUUACAACCUUAUUACUACUCUAGCUCCGAAUAAGAGCAAAGACCCCGGUAACAAGUCGCAUUCAAAGGAAGACAAAUUAAAUAAAGUCCAAAUAAGAGUAAGGUAUAUAUUAGGGGAGAAGGCAAUCCGAGCCCUUAAGCGGUUAUCGGGCAUUCCAAUACCAAACAUAUAG